AUGGCUCCGGCGUCGGAUGUUAUCACGAUCAGUGUCAGAUGCACAGGACGCCAUGGAUUUCUAACCAAAAGAACACGUCGACGACUCGACAUGGAGAUUGUUUCAUGCGCUGCGCCUACAACCAGGACAGUCUCCACUGAAGCCGAUCUUCAUGCCCUUCUCGAAGCUGCAGGGAGUAUCAACCACCACGUAAUCGCCCUUUAG